AGCUGUUCCCGCAGGCACUCGACGCGAGACCGAAUGCGUAACGAGAGCUGCGUCGGCUCGACCAAUCUCUUCGCGGAUCAGGGAAGCGAUGUUGCCUCCGCGGGCACAGCAGACCUCGUGCCGUAUUUUAUCAGGUCAUCGAACUUGUCGAACCUGUUCGCUAGGGCACGCGCAGGCGCAGAGGGCUCCGGCUCAGUCUCUUUUGGACGCCGCGGCAGCGAUGGCGGCAAUCUGAUGUUGACACGUGUACCCUGAUCUGUCGCAAAACCGACCCUCGCUCGCCCCCGUGCUGUUACUUCCGCACGCCGCCCGAGAGAGCGGACGGACGGACCGUCGUAGCGACCAACCACCGGCACGGUUGCCGACGUACGCCUGUUGUCGACCCUAUCCACACCCAUACGUCUAUUUUACUUUUGAAAACCUUCCACAAUUGGAUUUUUGGGUUCUUUUUAUACCCUUACCCUUUUCGUUUUAACCUAAUAUCCCGCCGGGUGAAGACGACACCACAUCGUCUGCAUCCAGCGCUGCUACGCCCGUGAGCACGAAGAAGAGGGGGAAUGGGGAAGGAGAAGUUGGUGGUGGAGGUGCUCGCGGCGCACAACUUGAUGCCCAAGGAUGGGCAGGGUUCGUCCUCGCCGUACGUAGAGGUAGAGUUCGAAUACCAGCGGCAGCGGACGCAGCCUAAGCAUAAGGACCUCAAUCCCGCGUGGAACGAGCAACUCCUGUUCGAUGUGUCUGACCCUGACGACUUACCCUACCGCUCCAUUGAUGUCGGAGUCUACAAUGAGCGCGGCGCUGAGGGGAACGGCGCCGGGGGCAGAAAUUUUCUUGGGAAGGUCAGGGUUCCCGCCGCCGGCGUGCCCGCCCCAGGUGAGCAGGCUGUGCCGCAGAUCUUCCCUCUUGAAAAGAGAAGCCUUUUCUCCCAUAUUCGCGGCGAAAUCACCCUGAAGAUAUAUCGGAUUGUGGCCGACGGACACUUGGCUCUCGCCAAGAAAGACGGCGGCGGGAAGAAAAAGAAGAACGGUGUUAAUCCUUCUAACAACAAUCAAUCUUCCCCAGCUGUCAUCGUUCCUCCACUCCCGAGGAAGCGGGCGCCACAGCCGGCUCGGAAGGAAGAUUCCGUACCACCCGACGCCGAGCAAAUCGCCCUUGCCGCACCUAACCGCCCCUACCCUAUGACUUUUACGUUGGCCGGCGCAGGAGGCGGCGGUGGCCCCCAUGACUUCGCUCUCAAGGAGACUCAACCACUGCUCGGAGGCGGCGGCGAACGUGACAAGUCGAGCUCUACUUACGACCUGGUGGAGAAGAUGGAGUACUUGUAUGUGCGCGUGGUUCGGGCGCGCGAUCUCCCACUCGCAGGCGGAAUGGUUCAUGCGGAGGUGAAGCUUGGCAACUACCGUGGGGUGACGCGGCCCUUUGCCAGGACAGACGCAAACUGGGAUCAGGUGUUUGCCUUCUCUAGGGACAACAUCCAAUCAUCGGCGGUGGAAGUGUUCGUAAGAGAGGGUGGCGGUCCGACCACAAAGGAUGACUUCAUCGGCAGGCUCGCCUUCGAUCUCGGUGAGGUGCCGCGGCGAGUUCUCCCCGACAGCACGCUGGCACCGCAGUGGUGUCGGAUGGAAGGGAAGGUCGGAGGGCGGGCGAAGGGGGAGGUAAUGCUCUCGGUUUGGUUCGGGACACAAGCUGACGAGGCCUUCGCCGAAGCCUGGCAUUCGCGUGCCGCAGGCGUCGUUGGCGACGGCUUGUCUUCCAUUAAGGCCAAGGUGUACAUGGCCCCCAAGUUAUGGUACCUGCGUGUGUCGAUCAUCGAGGCUCAGGACCUCGUCGUCUCCAGCUCGGUCCCCGCCCGCCUACCUAAGCUCUUCGCAAAAGCUCAGGUGGGAGUCUAUGUGCUCCAUACCCAAUUACCGUCAGCGCUGCCCAACCCUAGCUGGAACGAAGACCUCCUGUUCGUGGUGGCCGAACCGUUCGACGACAUCUUGACAGUGUCCGUGGAAGACCGCCUUAGCCCUGGCCACGAGGAGUUGCUUGGCCGGCUCACCGUGCCUGUGUCGGCCAUCGAACGGAGGCUGGACGACAAGCCGGCGGCGUCGCGUUGGUUCGCGCUCGACCGGGGGCAGGGCUCCGGUCACUCCGGCGGCCGCGUCCAUCUACGCCUCAGCCUGGACGGAGGCUAUCAUGUUCUCGAUGAAGCAGCGGCGCACAACAGCGAUCUCCAGCCUACUUCGAGGCAGCUUUGGGAGCGGCCGGUGGGUAUUCUGGAGCUGGGGAUCCUCUCUGCCUCCGGCCUGGCGCCGUCGAAGCCCGGUGGCACCUACUGCGUUGCCAAAUACGGUCCGAAAUGGAUUCGGACAUGCACUGUUGUUGAUUCGACGAGCCCUCGUUGGAACGAGCAGUACACUUGGGAGGUGUUCGACCCCUGCACCGUCAUCACCAUCGGCGUCUUCGACAACAACCGCGUCGCCCAUGGCCCGCCCGGCAUGGACACGCGCAUUGGGAAAGUUCGCAUCCGCCUCUCGACCCUGCAGACGGACAGGGUGUACAUUCACGCUUACCCCUUGCUGGCGGUGCACCCGUCGGGAGUGCGCAAGGUAGGGGAGCUCCAGCUGGCCGUCCGCUUCUCAUGCGCCGAUGCGGCAAGCAUGCUCCACGCAUAUGCCCGUCCGAUGCUCCCGAAAAUGCACUACGCGGAGCCGGUUCCCACCAACCAGAUAGAGCGUCUCCGCUUCCAGGCCAUCCAAACGGUGACAGCGCGGCUUGGCAGGGCGGAGCCGCCGUUGGGACGAGAGGUGGUCGAGUACAUGCUGGACCACGGAUCCCAUCUCUGGAGCAUGCGUCGGAGCAAGGCCAACUUCCUCAGGCUUGUCUUGGUCUUCUCCGGUCUGGCAGCUAUCCGCCGGUGGUUUGAGUUCGUCCGCAGCUGGCAACGCCCUUUCCACUCCGCUGUCUUUACGAUGGUGUUUUUAUUCUUCGUCUUCUCCCCGGAGCUGAUUCUGCCUACAGCUUUCUUCACGACUGCAGUCGUCGGGCUUUGUCGAUACCGAUCGCGGCCGCGCCACCCACCGCAAAUAGACUUGCGACUGUCGCACGUCGACGCGGUGUGCGCGGACGACCUGGACGAGGAGCUCGACACGUUCCCGACGAGCCGCAGCCCGGAGGUGGUUCGCAUGCGGUACGACAGGCUGCGAAGCGUGGCGGGGCGGGUACAGAUGAGGCUGGGGGACAUGGCGACGGUGGCGGAGCGUGCGGAGUCGUUGCUGAGCUGGAGGGACCCGCGGGCGUCGUUUCUGUUCCUGAUGUUCUGUUUGCUGGCGGCGGCGGUGAUAUACUCGGUGCCGACGAAGGUGCUGGUGGCGGCGUGGGGUUUGUACGCUCUGCGGCCGCCAAGCCUUCGGGAUCGGCUUCCGUCACCGUUGACGACCUUCUUUGAAAGGUUACCUACGAAAGACGACAUCUUGUUGUGACCAGAUAGAUAAUUUUGGAUCUUCUCAGGCUCCUUUCUUCAUUUGUUUAGUCUAAAUGUUUCUGACUGAUACAGUGGUAGGAACUGCGGCUAUCAUUGGCUAAUCUUUUAUUCACAUUUCUCAAUUAAUCACAUUGGUACUUGGUAGCCUCAAUUAUUAGAUGUAUCAUGUCUUUAUGAAGUUUUAACAUGUUUCUUUUGCAUCAUGCUUCCUUUGCAAAGACUGCCAUGAUGCUGUUCUUGUUUA